CACGCCCCUGAGGAAACACAAAACUUCCUUUGAGUUGCCGAUACAAGUUACAGAACAAAACAUUAUUCUACAAUUUCGAAAAGUUUCGUUUAUUUUAAGUGUUUUCCAGCAGAGGAUGUCGGAACUGAGCGACGACACCAGCAGUGAAUCGGAUCCGUUAGGAUCGAGUCUGUCUGUGUGGCUGGCGGACGGUGGUGACGCUCUGAUCGGCCCGGAGGAACUGAACGUGCCACUGGAUCUUCACACCGCUUGCUCUAUAGGGCAAUAUGAUGUAGUGGCUCAAUGUAUCCGCAGGGGUGAUGUGGAUUUAGAUGGAAAGAACAUAGGUGGUUGGACUUCUCUGAUGUAUGCCGCAUACAUCGGUCAUGAUAACAUUGUUAACCUGCUGCUGGAGACGGGCGUCAGCGUCAACGUCACCACAUCUAAAGGCCUGACGCCUCUAAUGCUCGCCGCCAGCUGUGGCAACGAGAGCAUUGCUUAUUUUCUACUGCAGCAAGGAGCACAACUGGAAUGUAAGGAUGUGCGUGGAUGGACAGCUCUUCUGCACAGUACAGCUACUGGACAUCAGCAAAUGGUCAAAUUCUUAUUAGACAACAAUGCCAACGCAAACGUCAAGGAACCAAUUUCAGGAUUUACACCUCUCAUGGAAGCUGCGGCAUCGGGCCAUGAAAUCAUCGUUCAGUACCUGCUCAACCAUGGUGUAAGGACUGAGGACAGAAACAGUGAAGGAGAGACAGCUCGAGCUCUGGCUAUGAUGUAUGGACACAGUAAAGUCGCCAGCCUCAUUGACAUGCAUGUGAUGAGAGUCAAAUCAGCUUUGUACGAGGAGUUGAGCUCCUCUGAAGAGGAAAGUUCGACCCCCAGGGUCCGUUCUGUUCGCAAUCGAACGAGGGGUCCCAGUAUUCAUGACGGUCCGCAAGCUAUAGCGCGCUUCAGAGUCGGCUCAAAGCACGAGGUUCCGGUGACUCCACCUGGCUAUGUGACGUUCUGUGAUGUCAGCGAUCAGAGUGGGGGAAUCUGCAACCGUGAUGUCACUUCCCCUAUUAAUGAACUCGACGGCCAGAGCAACAGCAGCAGAGAUGAGGUGUUUUUUGAUAAUGACAUGCCCACCAUGAGGAGCAGUAGCAGCAGCAGUGAGGGUUUAUCGAAUCUUCUCGGGCUCAGCAGAGAGGCGUCGCUGGAAAGCAAUGAGGACUCAGAUCAAGCCAAGAGGAGUUGUGUCCGCAGAACAAACAAACUACAGCAUUCCAAGAGCAGGAGUUCAUACGGCAACAGCGGUUCUGUGGCCCAAUGCAGCUCAGCUUACUGUGAAGAACCAUCAACAACUUCUGGACACCAUCCCUCAUACACUGGACCUAAGGAUCUUUCAGAAUUCCUGGAGCAGAUCGGAUUCAGCAAAUAUCUCCCCCUGCUGAAGGAGCAGGACAUAGACCUGAGAAUCUUCCUGACUCUUACAGAGAACGACCUGAAGGAAGUGGGAAUCACUCUGUUUGGUCCUAAGAGGAAGAUGACAUCAGCAAUAGCCCGUUGGCACAGUAACGCACGGCCGCCCAGUGAUGCUUUAGAGCAGGCGUAUGCGGACCAGCUGGAGGCAGAGAUGCAGGAGAUGGCCAUUCAGCUUCACAAGCGUUGUGUUGAGGUGGAAUCUCUACAAGCUCAGGUGUCUCAGGAGAAGGAGUUACGUGCCGUGAUGGAGGGAUGUCUGAUGGAGGAGAAAAUGGUGUGGAAGAACGUUCAGGCAGAACUUCAGGAGAACGCAAAACAUGUUCAGACGCUAAAUGGAAAACUACACGCUCUAUGCAACACUCAACUCACGCAGGUCAUCCGGGAGGAUGAACACUCCGUGGCUAAAGGUGAUGGGGUCAUGUGUGCUCAGCUGCUCUCUAAGAUGGAUUCAUAUAUCGGAGAGCUCGCGGACAGUCUGAAGGAAAUCUUUCAGAAUCUGAAGAGUUUGAGUUCACCAGAGAAAAACUCACACAACUGGGAGGAAUCCUAGCAUCCGGCAGUGGAAUUUUCGGUUUUGUUGACGGAGGGUGACAGACCACCCUGGACACACAAACAGCCGCAGGAACUGGCCAGCGAGAGACAUGCAGGUGUCAGUCGUGCCUGAAGAAAGUUCAAAGAUCUGAAGAUGAUGGAGAGGAUAGAGCUGUAUGAGAGUGUUUCUGCAACUACGGGCACUUUUAAGUCCCAGCAGUGAAAUUUUAGAUUUAUGUUCAAAUUUGUCAUGACGCAUUAUAAAUAUAUUCACAGUGUCAUUAAACACCUUGAGAAAAAAAAUGUUUUUAAUUAGUAAUGUGAUUUAAUAUAAAAUUAUGAAGCAUUUAUAGGUCCAAACACUAUUUUUGUUCAUGUCCCACAACUCUGGUCACAGUGUUAAAGAGUAUGUAACAUGAGAUCAUGAAAAUCACAUUUCAUGCAGUGUGUAAUGUUGGCGUGUUUGAAUGUAAGCAGUCUGCCAAGUUGUAAAUCCGAAGGUGAAUGAAUAACAAAGUUAUUGGCUUGGAAAAAAGCGAGUCGACUCUGAAUCACGCCAACGAGUCGUCCCUAGUCCUAUUCGCGAACCGCCACGGAUUUACGUCACUACAUAUAGUCCCUGUUGGUACACGAUCCAGGAUGCCCGCACGAUCCGUUCUGCGCAUGCGCAUAAUGACGUAGUAAACAACGUCACGGUUUCCCUACACUAUUGGUA